AUGGGUUCAUGUGCAGAAUAUUCUACAAAUGUGGAGAUCUGGAGAGAGCAUCCUCCUUCUUCUAACUCUCUCAAGAUCAACACACUCUCAAAGCUUAACAGUGAUGUAUACAAAUCCCGUCGUUUCUUGUCCGGUGGAUACAACUGGAGAUUGGUUAUAUACCCAAAAGGAAAUGAAAAGGACAAUGGAAAUGGAUUUAUUUCAAUGUAUGUGGAAUUUGGUGACACAAGCCUUAUGUCUACACCACCAAUGGGUCCGCCCCUGUUUGCAUAUCUUGUGUUCUUCGUCUAUAACAAGAAAGCAAACAAAUACUUUACUAUCCAAGAUGUUGAAGUAAAGCGGUUCAAUGCCUUAAGAACGGUGUGGGGAUUACCACAAGUGCUUUCACUUGGAACUUUCAAUGACCCUAAAAAUGGAUUUAUCUUCGAGGGAGAACAUUGUGAGUUUGGUGUUGAUGUGAUGGUUUCUCCACCUUUUAACAAGUGGGAAGUCGUUUCUUUUGAUGAAAAACUCUAUAAUCCCAAGUUCUCGUGGAAUGUUAAGAAUUUCUCGAUGCUGAGAGAGAAUCUUUACAUAUCCAAUAGCUUUCCAAUGGGAGGAAGAAAGUGGGUAUUAAAGUUGUAUCCCAAGUGCUUCUCUACAUCAGACGGCAAAUGGAUCUCCAUUUCUAUUCAUCUAGCAGAUAAUGAAAGAUUAAUGGCGGAUGAGAGGAUUUACACCCGUGGUAAACUCCGAGUUCUAGACCCACGUGGAUCCAAUCACGCCACAGAGAAAUUUAUUUGCUGGCAUGAUGAAUCAAACUCAGGUACUGGCCAUGAUCAGAUUGUGUCAAUGGCUAAGCUUCGGGAGGUUUAUUUGGACACGGAAAACACGUUGAGUAUAGAGGUUGAAUUUGAAGUUGUGUCUUCGACCGUUUCUUCUGCUAUUAUCUAAGCUCUCCCACUUCCCUAAACGCUGUUGAUUAAACUCUCUCUUCAUCUAAGUGUUCUCGUGGUGUGUUUUUUUUUUGUUUUUGCGGACACUCAUAGAUUUUCAAUGUUUUCAAGCUAUGGCACAUUCUGUGAUGUUCGAGUACAAUUAUCCAUGUGCUCAGAUCUUUUCAUAGUUUAUAUCUUGUUCUUCUCAAGGCUUUAGAGUGAAGCAAAGAGAUUACUUGGUUCAUGGGUUUUGAUUCUCUUCUCCAUGCUAACACAUCAUUUCUUAUUGCAAUCUCACUAGGUUUCUUGUAGCUGAAUUUAAUCAAUCAAAGGUAUAUAUAAAAUCCAGGUCUUGGAGAUUUUGGGUGACAAACAAGAGGCAAACCAAAAUAGUACUUCUCACAAGGAGCUGACCACGAAGGUUACGGUUUAGCAAUAAGCCUGUUGAGGCAGUAACAAUUAGGCUUGAUUUGGUAACAACUAAAUAUAUGCGUCAAUACAUAAACCAAAAACUAAAGCAUAUUAUUUCACAUGUAUAAUUCUAAGCCUAGUUAACGCCAGAAAAUUCAACUAACUUAUCUCUUAUAAUUCUAAGCCUAGUUAACGCCAUAAUGUUAUAAUGGUGAUUUUCUUUCUUGAUAAUGUAUAUUGCCAAAAUGAGGCUGAGGCCAUCAUCAAUCUCACUCAUCUUGUUGAAGCUUUUUUUGUUACGUAAAAGUGCUUUUUUGUUUUCUUUCCAUUUUGCCAUAUUUGUUUUUUUCUUCUCUCUUAACAGCACAUUGACGACUAAAUGAGCUAUCCAGAUUCAAAUGGACAUUUUCGUUUUUUAGACAUUCAUGGUCAAAGCCUUAAGAGAACUUUGUCCAAAUAGGACCAUGACCAACAUGACUGUUCGAGGGAUCUAUGUAAGACCCAACUUCCCACUUAGGCCCAUUAAAAGCCCAAUCUCUUUAAAUAAAGAACCUAAACAUGAGAAUGUGUGUAUAUAAGUGUAUAUAUCUCCCUCUUCGUUGACAUAUAUAGCCGUAGCCUCACGUCAUCGCCCUCAUUGAUUACGGCUCUAACGUGUUCUUCACUUAUUGUGGUUGUUGAGUUGUCGAUCAAAUCUAAGUGGAGAACACGUUAGAGCCGUAACGUUCCGUCGUAGUAAUCACCGUUCGUCUCUAUUUCGUUGGGUAAGGAAACCCAGCCUUAAAUUGCUAUCUUCUCAUGUUGUCUAUUUUGUUACCAUGAGGAUUAGUGGCUUACAUCUCAAAUUACUUGUGUUUUGAGGGAAAAAGAGGAAGGAGAAAUCAGUUCAAGUAGAGGUAUUGGUGAACAAUUUCCCGUGCGAUCUGAAGGAACCAGAUCACGAUUUUGGUGUCGUUGGAUAGAUCUUACUGCAAGGAAGACACAAAAAUAAACGGUUCUCCAUUACGAGGUAAACUCCAUCCGCA